CUUGUCUAUUUGUCUUUGUUUUUAAAAUUAAAAAGAUAAAUCCAGAAAAAGUGGUUUGUUAGUAGCGUAACCAGAAGCGCCAAGUCCGUGAGUACGUGUUGGGUUCACCUAAAAACUUGGUGUUUUCAUGACCCCAGCCCAGUUGACUAACUAACACUUCUUUUUUCCUAAUCUUUGGCAUCCAUUCACAAUUCUUUUUGCAAAUUUUAGUUUCUGAUAAGAAACUCUUUUCUGGGUCAUCUUUGGUUUUUGUGAUUUUCUUUUGGAGGCCAUUUCUUGUUAGCUUUUCUUUCUGCUCCACAUCAUUUGAGGCACAUACUGAACUAGAACCCUGCAUUUCUUUUUGUCUUGUUGAAAAUGGGAAGUGUUAAGGUACAGGAUGAUUCACCUAGAUAUUGGAUACCAGAAACAAAGCUCGAGGCGAAAAUGGUUGAAGCUAUGCAGCGAAGGGAAGCUGAAGGAUGUGCAAUAAAAUCUUUCAACAGCAUAAUCUUGAAAUUUCCAAAAAUUGAUGAGAGCUUAAGGAAAUGUAAAGAUAUCUUUGAGCAAUUUGAUGAGGAUUCCAAUGGUAUAAUUGAUCGUGAAGAGCUUAGAAAAUGUUUCCAUAAGCUGGAACUUUCAUUUACAGAGGAGGAAAUUGAUGAUCUUUUUUUGGCGUGUGAUUUUAAUGAAGAUAUGGGCAUGGAGUUCAAUGAGUUCAUUGUGCUUCUCUGCCUUGUUUAUCUUCUUAAGUAUGAUACUGCUGCUGUUCAUUCUAAAUCAAGGAUGGGAAUGCCAAAUUUGGAAGCUACAUUUGAAACACUGGUUAAUGCAUUUGUGUUCUUGGACAAGAACAAGGAUGGUUACGUGAGCAAGAAUGAGAUGGUUCAAGCAAUAAAUGAAUCAGGUGAACGUCCUUCGGGACGAAUAGCAAUGAAAAGAUUUGAAGAGAUGGACUGGGAUAAAAAUGGAACGGUGAACUUCAAGGAAUUUUUAUUUGCUUUCACACGAUGGGUUGGAAUCGACUACACGGAGGACGAGGAAUAAGGUGAAGAGAAGGUCUGAAUCUAGCUGUCUAUGUAUGAAGUUGAAAUCCACAUAGAUAAAGGUUCCAGUUGAACUUUUGUUUCCAAUAACAUGCAGUUGAAUUUGAAUGUGCAGUAGUAAUGUUCAUUGCUUCUUAAAUUUGUAAUGUAAAUAGUUUCAGAAGUAUAACUCGAAUAUAGGUCUAAUAAGAUGCUAUUAUACUCGAGAAUUGUGCAUGAAACCAGUUCAGAAGGUUGCAUUGGAAAAAAAUUGCAUUUGUUUAGUGGAAUGAAUGCAGCAAUAUUUUAGACAGGUUAUGAACA